UUCCAGUACAACACCACUACGGUGAGGCUAAGCAGUGUACGACCCUUAGCUUUGAGCUCACAGUUGGAAACUGGGUCAAAGAAAACCUCAGAUGAACAGACGGAUGAGCCCAUCAAGUUCUCGACAAGCAAGGCCAGUCACCGGACCUGGAAAGUGGACCGCUCUAUGGGCAGUCAAUUCAGCAGACCAUGGCGGAAAGUGUUGCCAAUAAGCAUCUUUUUCUCAGUGUUUUUGUUGUGGUGUGUACUGAGGGGACAUUCUGACGUGGAUACUCAACUUGACCGACCACUUUAUGAAAGUUUACCCAGCCUGCAACCAGAAGACGAUGGACCUGACAAAAAACCUAGCUAGCAAAAAUGGACUUACAGCUAUUUAUUCCUGGUGAUCUGUCAUUUACAAUUUAUUAAAUUUCCUUUAAUAACUGAA